CGGGUAGUAUUGACGGAACAGACACAGUGCCGCACGAUCAUGGAAUUUUAAGAGCUCAAAAUUCUUGUUAUGUGCCACCUUCAAAUGAAGAGGGUCUUACCAGUGACCCCUUUAAAACUUUGUUCGUCGGGCGAUUAAAUCCAAUAACUACCGAAA